CUUCCUUUUCCUUACAUGAGAAGACCUCCACCACCAAUUAUGUUUUCUUCUUCCACACGCGAUCCCUCCGUUUUGGACGGGGCAUCAUUUCUGCAACGUGUAAUCAUCAAUCCAUGUGCACCACAUCGUUAUAUCAGCCUUCCCAAAACAUUCAUGCCCAUUGGCUUUGCCUCUGGAUUUUUCAACGUUCUUUUCCUCCUUCUCCUCCUCCUAGUCAAUUUUGCGGAGUCCCAAGCACUCUCAUAUUAAUUAUAAGACUUACCCAUUUUGUCCAAAUCCUUCCCCUCUUUUCUCUCUCUCUCAAAUCUUCAUUCAUCACCACUAUUUUUACAGAGAUGCAUUACAUGCUUUGAAAACUAGUAUUACAGGGUUUUUAGGAAGAUCAAAGUAAUGGAGGGUUGUGAUGCAGAGCUUGGUUUAAGAUUGAGUAUUGGUCUAGGAACAAACUAUGAUGAUGGGCUUAGUUCUUCUUCCCCGGUGAGGGGAAUCAUAAGUAUGAAAAGAGAAAGGGAGGAUGGUGUUACAGAGGAGGAAUUGGGUGGUUCUAGGGUUAGCGAUGAAGAGGGAAAUAGUACCAGGAAGAAGCUUAGAUUGUCAAAAGAACAGUCUGCUCUUUUGGAGGAAAGUUUCAAACAGAACAGUACUCUGAAUCCUAUGCAAAAGCAAGACCUUGCCAAUCAACUCAAUCUCCGCCCUAGGCAAGUUGAAGUCUGGUUUCAAAACAGGAGGGCAAGGACCAAGCUCAAGCAAACAGAAGUUGACUGUGAAUUCUUGAAGAAAUGCUAUGAGUCAUUAACUGAGGAGAACAGAAGACUGCAGAAAGAAUUAGCAGAAAUGAGGGCUCUGAAAUUGACAACAGCCUCUUCAAUAUACAUGCAAUCACCUACACCAACAUUAAGCAUGUGUCCUUCCUGUGAGAGAGUUGUGGGUGCAGAUAAAAAUGGGACUUCUCCCCACUUGCCAAAACAACACUUCUUCCCUUCUUAUAGGAAUACUCCCACAGCCUCAUGAUGGGACCGAUACAUACACAUUGUAUAUACUCCAUAGCUUUUGAAAAAUCCAUUCAGAGGGCGCCUCCAGAUUUAUUGAGGAGUUGCAGGCCUCGAAUCAAUGUAAUCUUGACUCACAGUUGUGGAAUAUGUAAAAGUCCAACGUAAUAAAACUGUUCAGAGAAAAUUUUGUA